AUGGAGAUCUCGGCGGAAAAUGGUAACGCCGAACCCGAACCCGACGCCGGAGCCGUGGCUCCAUUGCGGAGGAGCAGCGCGAGGUUGCAGAAAAUGAGGAAUCAAAAGUUGACUGUUGAGGUAUCUGCUAAGAACAACUCCGGGACGAACCGUAUUGAGAAGGAGAGUGGCGUGUCGAGGAAGAAUACAGGGCGGGUUUACAAGAAGAGGAAGGUUGAAACUCCUCAUCACACUGUGCUGCUCCAAAAUGGAGCAAUCGGUGAAGCUUCUGAAGCUCGUGAGUUGGUGAAUGGUGGCAACACGAUUACUAGUACUAAUUGCGCUUUGGUUGGAAAAAGCUCACAUACAAUGGUCACUGAGACUUUGCGGACUUUCAACAAGUAUUACCUUCAUUUUAUUCAGAAGAAAUGUAUAGCUGCUGACGAUACUAAAAGGGGUUCCAAACGACCUGACUUGAAAGCAAUAACUAAGGUUUAUUUUACUCGAGGCCGUAUUCCUAAUUCAAUAUCUGAAAUACGCGGGUUGGUGUGUGAAGACAUUACUGGAGGCCAAGAAGAUAUUCCCAUUCCUGUUACUAAUUUGGUUGAUGAUCCACCUAUCCCUCCUAAAGGAGUUAGUAGAUGGUGCUUUUUAUACAGCUUUUAUGCAAAGAGUACUCGUAGGGGAAUCCGACUCAAAAAAGUGAAAUAUGACACAUCAUACACAUUAGCUAAAUGGGACAAAGAGAGAGCUCUAGUCGAAGCCUGA